CAAAGAGAGCAAACUCCAUCUGCAAGCGACUUACAUUCCAACACUCACACACACACACACACACACGCCGUCAGACACAGAUUAGUGCAGGACUGUCAUACGCAACACACCGUCUUCCUGGGAUAUGAACACUCUCAUCAUCAUUUCUCUGCUGUGCAUCGUCGUCUGCAGCGCUCUGGGUGCUCAGGGAUCUGAAGACACAUAUUCAGGUGAAAUAGCCAGAGUGACAGCCGAUUCAGCCUAUGGGGAACUCCACCAUCAACCACUGAACGACGACGAUGAACUGGGAACAGAAGAACCGUCGGGACUAGACCACAGAUACAUGAUCGACCAUGAGGCGCAUUCUGAUAAAGACGAGAGGAGGAAGAGGAAGGGCAAAGGCAAGAGGAAGAACAGGCAAAGGAGCAAAACCAUCACUCCGUUCAACCCGCAGCACACCAACAUCACAAGGGGGCACAGAUCCACUCUCACCUCAACUCAGGACCCCUGCACCUCCACCCACCUGGGCUUCUGCAUUCAUGGCUACUGCAAAUACAUAGAGGGACUGACAGAGCCAGUGUGCAUCUGUAUGAAGGGCUACGAUGGAGAGCGCUGUGGGAUCCAAACUUUGGGGUCAUUCAUACCCCCUACUCAGAGCUACAAUACGGAUCUGGUGCAGACGGUUCUCGUGGUCAUUGCAGUCGUCCUGUCAGUCAUCAGCUGCUGUGCCAUCCUGCUCAUGACCUGUGCUCAUUACAGGUCACAUAAAAACUUCCUAGCCUCCUAUCUUGGAUCUGGGUCAGAGCAGGAGAAACUCCAGAAACCCGCAGGUGACGUUGUCGUGUGAGGGCAUCAAGUUACAAAGAGGCAAUGAAAUAAGAAGAGGAGUCCAGUGACUAGAGAGAGUUGCAGAUGUGCAAAAUGCAAAACUAUGUAGAAUUUAAUUUAUUUAGCUUGAAUAUUUAUUGCUUACAACCUAAAAUGUAUGUGUGUUGUAUUAUUACAAUUACAAUGUCAUGUGUGAGCGAAUGCUGAGCAUUCAGCCUUUUAUUAUUUUGUAGAUUGGUUUUAUUUAUUACACUGCAUUUGUUAUAGGUCAAAAAAUGUAACUCAAAAUGUAACUAUGUCUUGAAAAGUGCUAGAAUUAGAUUUCAAAUAAAGUAUCUCAAUGUUACGUUAAA